AUGCUCGGCUCCGGCAAAAGCAGCGGCGUGGUGAAUGAGGCCACCAACCUCAAAGCCAACGAAAACUUGACCUCCGCCAUUGAGCAGAUGGGCACAAAGGAGUACAUGCGCAGCCGCGACCUGAACGAUGUUGUGCCGACGCACCGCCGACAGGUGGAGGCAAAGCCGCGCAAUGGCAAUCUGCCCGUCUACGACCCUGCCGCGGAGAAGACACAGGAGCGGCAGGAGCGUGGCGCCGAGCACGAGGAGGACCGCGCCGGCGAAGACAACGACGACGAGCUGAUGGAGCUGCGCCGGAGACGCAUGGUGCAGAUGCGGCGCAUGCACGCCAAGGAGGCGGAGUGGCGACAGAAGCAGCACGGCCAGUACAGGGAGAUAUCGCAGGAUGAAUUCUUCAACAUCGUGGUGCGGGAGAAGGGCGGAAGCGAUGAUGUGUGCGUGCACUUCUACCACAAGGACUUCGAGACGUGCCGCGUGAUGGACAGCCGCCUGCAGGAGUUGGCGCAGACGAUGCUCUUCGUAAAGUUCGUGAAGAUUGACGCGGAGAAGUCGCCGUUCCUCGUGGAGCGCCUCCGCAUCAGCACACUUCCGUGCUGCGUGCUCUUUCACAACGAUGUGGCGGUCGACCGCAUUUACGGCUUCGACGGCUGCAUGUCGGAGGACGGCGUGCUCGACGCGGCGCUGCUGCGUGAACGCAUCAUCCGCGCCGUCAACCCGGCGGAGUUGGACGAAUAA